GUCACUCACUCACAUCCACUCUUUACUCGCAACUUCUCCACGCUCUUUAACAAGACAACAGUCCUUCUUUAGUUCCCUUUUCUUCAAAAACAAACCGCCAACAUGAAGCUGUCUGCUGUUACCCUUCUCACCCUUGCCACUGGCAUCCUCGCCGCUCCCGUCGCCGAGGCCAACUACGACGUCUCUUACUCCAGCUAUGAGGCUCCCAAGGCACCCAAGCCUCACUAUGAGAAGCCCAAGCCUAAGCCUCACCACGAGAAGCCUAAGCACGAGUACCCUGCUCCUCACCAUGAGAAGCCUAAGCCCAAGCCUCACCCCAAGAAGCCUGAGUACCCUGCUCCUCACCACGAGAAGCCCAAGCCUAAGCCUCACCCCAAGCCUCACUACGAGAAGCCCAAGAAGCCCGAGUACCAGGCUCCUAAGCCUCACUACGAGAAGCCUAAGCCCAAGCCUCACCCCAAGCCUGCUUAUGAGGCUCCCAAGCCGGCUCCUAAGCCUCACAAGCCCGAGUACACCAAGCCCAAGGCUCCCAAGCCCCACAAGCCCGAGUACACCAAGCCCAAGGCUCCCAAGCCUCACAAGCCCGAGUACACUGCUCCUAAGCCUGUGAAGCCCAAGUACACCAAGCCCAAGGCUCCCAAGCCUCACAAGCCUGAGUAUACCAAGCCCAAGGCUCCCAAGCCUCACCCCAAGCCCGCCUACGAGGCCCCUAAGCCUGCUCCUAAGCCUCACAAGCCCGAGUACACCAAGCCCAAGGCUCCCAAGCCCCACAAGCCUGAGUACACUGCUCCUAAGCCUCACCACGAGAAGCCCAAGCCUCACCCCAAGCCUACCUACCAGGCUCCCAAGCCCGCUCCUAAGCCUCACAAGCCUGAGUACACCAAGCCCAAGACCGAGAAGCCCAAGCCUGCUCCUAAGCCUGAGUACAAGGCUCCUACCUACCAGGCUCCCCACUACUAGAUUCGCUCAUCGACGAUGAAGGAUAGUAGCUGUUUGUGCUGUGGUUAUUGAGUGGGUGGCUCGUGCUGAUUCACGAUCAUGGUAUAUGACCUGUGUGUGAAAACGCAUAGCCAGAGGACGGCGCUGGACUUCUGACUUAUGAGAGAUUCUGGAGGGAUGUCAGAU